AUGAGUGUAAUAUCAACCGAAAAGAGAUCUCAACGAGAAGUUUUUGUUCAAGCAACUCAAGAGUUAUCUGCAUAUAACCAAUCGAUUACAUCGAUUUUGAUACGUGACAUAUUUGUGGCAAUUACUCAAAGUCGUAUGGUUUUGGAUGGACUAUUGAUUCGUCAAUUUGAGUCAGGUAGUAGUGUUUCUAUAAUUCGGAGUCGUAUUCGUUCAGAAUACUGUCAGAAAGAAUAUUAUAUUCCAGUGAGUAUCCUCUAUCCGAUAAGUGGAUUUGAAAACGAGAGAAUUAGGAUAUUUUUGAUUGUGUCUAAAAAUACUACGGUGAACAAGCAGUGCCACUAUGUUGACGAAAAUAAAGAAAUCCACAUGAAUGGUAUCGAGCAAUGGAUAUGGACGGAUGGUCUUUUGCCAGUUAUCAGCUCUCUCCAUGACUACUUCGCUGUAAUAUGCCCUCUCUUCGAAAUGUACCCCGAUAUUCUUAUUCCUUUUUCCGACCUGGAGGUUCGCGAACGCUUGGGCCAGGGCGCCAGCGCCAUUGUUUACCAUGGAAUCUAUCAAGGCCGCGACGUCGCUCUCAAGAAAAUGUGCAAAAUCCCCACGGAAGUGGACUAUCGCUAUCUCGUUCGCGAGUUUCAGACACAAAUGCGGUUCAAGCACCAGUGCAUCCUGGAGAUCAUCGGGCACAGCGAGGAUCCCGCGGGGUUUCCGAUUCUGAUCAUGGAGCUGGGCGGUCCGUCGCUGGAGGAUUUGAUCAUCAAGCGGAAGCUGAAGCUGAGCAACGCGACGAAGAAGAAGUACAUUCAGAACGUGGCGGAGGCGCUGGCGUAUUUGCAUAGUUACAAUAUCGUGCAUCGCGAUAUUAAGCUCGCCAAUGUGUUGGUCAAAAACGACAUCGCCAAGGUCGCCGAUUUCGGCUAUGCCCGCGAGAUCGGUACCUUUCUUUCCCCUUUUCCAUGCAGAAAACAACAAGAGCAUUCAAGUCUCGUUUUGUGGCUCGCCCGCGAUGUAAUAAUCCAUUGA